UAGUUCUGGCGCUAUGUAAAUGCAGCUUCCUGAAGUUGUUUUGAUAAGGUUAAGAUUUGGGAUGCACCCCACCACAGACAAACGAUGUCAGGUCGCCAGCGUCUGAAAGCAGUAACCCCCUAGGAACCCAGGAGGUUUUUGGUUUUCCUUAAGGGAAAUGAAGGAGGUAUUUCGGGCAUUUGUCUUGCUGUUGGAACAAAUCUCUGGCUGAUUCGUCCCCGUUGUGACAUUGUGGGUCCUGCUAGAAGGCCUCUGCAUACAAAGGCGUUUGUGACGUUCGGAUCUCGUUCCCACAGCACCAUUGGCUGUUGUGAUGAAUACAGCGCUCCAUCACAAGGCCUCCACAGUGUGCCAGCGCCCAGCUGCCAGGCACCGUACGAGAAACUUUAAAAAGCGCUACCCGUGUAGCACCGAAGGUAUCUGACUGUUGUGAAAGCCAUGGCGACGGACUGGAUGGCGGAGCCUGGCGUGGAAUCAGCCCAAGAGGGCAACAAUGCACUGGAUCCCCUGAGCGAUCAGCCUGGGCUGGCAGAACAGGCCAGUGACUCUGAGAGGCAAGGUGGAGGAGACGGUGAGCCCCUGGCCAAGGUUGUCCGGCUUGGAAUCGGUGAUUUACCACUGCCUCUAGCUGCCAACCUAGCUGAAAGUUUGGAAGGGAGUGAUGUCCUGCCAACCUCUGACCCUCCAAUGGCCUCUGACCCUCCAAUGGCCUCUGACCCUCCAAUGGCCUCUGACCCUUCCAUGGUCUCUAACCUGGACAGCCCUUCAGGUGACUUAUGCUCUGAGUUGCCCAAACUGGCAGAGAAGAUGAGUGGAGGGCACGAAUCUGAAUGUCUUCCUGAUCCACUGGAGCCAGAAGCAAAUGGCAAGAGUGAAACAGAGACCGAGCAAGCAAGUGAGAGCUGGGCAGAGCAGUGCAGCGAAGGCGUUUAUUAUCAGAUCGGAUAUGAUUUCACCCAAGCGCCUCACCUUCUCUCGGGUGCGUGGAAGGAGUACUCAAGAACAGUGGAAAACUUCCUGAAGGGCUGUAAAUGGGCACCGGAUGGUUCUUGCAUUCUGACCAACAGUGCUGACAAUACACUGCGGAUCUUUAACCUCCCCUCUGAGCUGUAUAGCAGGGAGUUGGCUGACCUCUCAGAAAUGAGUGCUGUUUUGCGUAUGUCUGAGGGAGAUACCAUAUACGAUUAUUGCUGGUACCCAAUCAUGUCAUCGAUGGCUCCUGAGACCUGUUUUCUGGCCAGCAGCAGCCGCGACAACCCGAUUCACAUCUGGGACGCUUUCUACGGGGACCUACGGGCCACGUUCCGGCCGUACAAUCACCUGGAUGAGCUGACGUCUGCUCACUCGCUCUGUUUCACACCCGAUGGGAAUCAGCUGUUCUGUGGCUUUGACAAGAUGGUGAGAGUGUUCGACGUAUCUCGUCCAGGCCGAGAGUGUGAGAAGAGACCAACCCUGGUGAAGAAACGGGGGCAGACUGGAAUCAUCUCAUGCAUUGCCUUCAGCCCAGAGCAUGACCUGUACGCAUGUGCCUCCUACUCUAAGACAGUGGGACUGUACUCCAGGGACAGGGGGACUGUGCUCACCAUUUUACAGGGCCAUCAGGGAGGAGUGACACACGUGACAUUUUCACCCGAUGGAAACCUGCUUUACACUGGUGGGCGGAAGGAUCCCGAAAUCUUGUGCUGGGAUCUACGCCAGCCUGGCAAAGUGCUGUUCUCCAUGCUCCGCUCAGCGAUCACCAAUCAGAGGAUGUAUUUUGAUCUGGAUGUUUAUGGGCGCUAUGUAGUCAGUGGGAACACUGAGGGAACAGUUUCCGUGUGGGACACCACACUAACGCCGACUGAGGGGAAGGACUCCAUCCUCAAUCCCAUUCUUCAGUUUCACACUCAGCAGGACUGUGUUAACGGGAUCAGCCUACACCCACGUAUGAACCUGCUGGCCACCACCUCGGGGCAGCGCAAGUUCCCGGAGCCUGCCGAGAGCGAGGACGAGGGCAAUGGGAUCCUGAUGACCCACCGCAACAUCAAGGCUGAGAACUCCAUGAAGUUGUGGCUUUGUUCCCAGCAACCUGGCCCAGCGACGCAGGCCAGCACACUGGGAGAUGGUUCAAAGUGACGGCUCCAUGUUAGAGCUGGACUAACUGACACUCUCAAUACUGCCUUACGAGCAUUGAGGUUAGAAUGGAGCAUCUGUGCAUUGUGACAAAAUAAAAUUGCUCCCAGCUGACUGAGGUAACGUUGCUUUGCUUGCAUUAGGUUGUUUUUCUUUUUCAAAGGUCUGGGAGGUUGACUUAUCCUCGGCUCUCUAGGCUUCUGGAUUGAGUUACGAGUAGUCUUUUACUUAUUUCAAGAGGUGAGGUAAAGGCUACUCUCUGUUUUCGCUCAGGGUCUCUUAGGCUCUGGGAGUGACCGAAACGUCAAUGCCUUUGGCAGAGGGGAGAGAAUGAUAAUGAUUUGAUGUUGUGCUGUAGAUUGUCAUUAAGCAGACAGUGUGAAUCAGGCUGCAGCAGCUUGGGGGGUAUUUGAUGGGGAGAAUGUAGAGGGAGCUUUACUUUUAAUUAAAGAGUAGAGGAAACUUUACUCUGUAUCACACCAUGCCGUCCCUACCCUGGGACUGUUUCCUGGGCUCAGUAGAGGCAGCUUUACUCUGUAUCUAACUUCAUGUUCUACUUGUUAUGGGAGUGUUUGAAGAAGACAGUGUAGGGGCAGGUUUACUCUGUGUCUAACCUCGUGCAGUCUCUGUCCUGGGAGAGUUUGAUGGGGGGGCAGCGUAGAGGGAGCUUUACUCUAUCGAACCUCGUGCAGUCCCUGCCCUGGGAAUGUUUGAUGGGGGACAGUAUAGAGCUUGGCUGAUCAAUUUCCCAGUUUCCGUGUAUAGUCCUACUGCCAAGCACACAUUUUCUGGGAGCUUUGAGAGUUAAAUGGUCAGUGAUUAUUGGAUGAUGGAUUUAUUACCCAUCUUCACUGGGGAAUCAGUGGACAAAGUUGCACAAGGGAUGAAACGGCUGUGAGGAGACCAGAGGGAUGCAGUUUUCAUCAGCUUCUUUGAAUACUUAACAAAGGAUGCCCAGCUUCUCGAGGAACUACCCUCCCCAGCCACACCGAGCAGAAUCAAUUCCCACUCUCAUCCCCUCCAAAGAAAUACUGAUAUCUGGAAAGGCCAACCGUGCAGCUGAGAGGCUGGUGGCUUACUGAUAUAAACAGCGACCUCCUGCAGUGGAACCUGAAUGUUACACGUUCCUCUUGAAUGCUGGCCAGCUCUCGAACAUUUCCCCUAUCUUUUACCUUGUUUCAGUUCAGUACUGGGCUCUGUUGACUUGCCAGUGAUUAGCUGCACCCUUGGGACCAGUUUGAGUGGUAUUCAAUAGGUAGAAGCUAUGGGGAUCGCUCUGUAGGAUUACUAUAUUGAAAUGGAUAAACUGGACCCGUGUUUAGGAUCUCCUGCACUCUGCUGACAGCGGGGAGCAAAGGGAUGGAUACUAGCCUGACAGGUUUUUACAUUCCACCCAUUUGUCUUUAUCUCACUGAUCACCCUAUCCCUCUAUUCCUUGUAGGUUUAUUCAGCCUCCCUUUAAAUCCAUUGAUGCUGUUCACCUCAGCCACUCCCUGCAUUAGCGAGUUCCCCAAUUUCAUCAGUUAAGAAUAUUAGGAAAAGGAAUAGAAAUUGGCUGCAGUACAAGUGGUGUCCCCUUUCCUAUGCUGGCCCUAGGCCGAAUUCAUUGGCUGGACAUUCAGGUCACCCCUGCGCUCACCUCUGCCAGCCUCCAGGAAAUGGGAUUUCAUCUCUUGCAAACAACAAAACAUAUGCUAUGGAAUAUACACCAGGCUUUCUUAUUUAGGGUGAGAAUUCGGAGCAGGAGGAAGCUGUUGGGACUGUCGAUCCUGUUCUGUCACUCAAUAAGAUUGUAGCUGAUGUCCCUGUAACUUACGCUCCAUUUUUCUGUCAAUUCUCUCCCCCUGCCCCAUAUCCCCUAAAUAAAACUUGACUCCUGUAUGAUUCAAGAAUCUGUCGAAUUCAGUCUCACAUGCAUUCAGUGACUCAAUCUCUCUGGCCUCUGGGGAAGAGAAUUCCAAAGACUUAAUGAUCAUGAAGAGAGGGGAAAUCCCUUAUUUUGAAACUGACCUAUCCUUUCACCAUCUCUUUACUGGGUGGCACGGUGGCUCAGUGGUUAGCUCUAUUGCUUCUCAGCACCAGGGUCCUGGAUUCAAUUCCAGCCUCGGGAGACUGUGUGUAAACUCUACACAGAUUCUCCCCAUAUCUGCAUAUGUUUCCUCUGACAGUCUACAGAUGUGCAGGUUACGGUGGAUUGGCCAUGCUAAAUUGUUCCAUUGUGGUCAGGGAUGUGCAUUUGAGGUGGGUUAGCCCAUGGGAAAAGUGGGGUUACUGGAGUAGGGUGGGAUGCUCUUUGGAGAGUCAGUGAGUACCUGAUUGGCCCAGUGGCCUGCUUCCACACUGUAAGGAUUCUGAGAUCUAUCCCUCUCGCCCCUUCCUAUUGUGCGUCUCAAUAAGAUCACCUCUGGUCCUUUGAAACUCCCGCUGAACCUUUCCUCCUCGGCUGAACUCCUUUGUCCCAGGAAUCAGCUGAGUGAACCUUCCCUGAACUCCCUGUUUAUUCGAUUUUAUAGCCAUUGUCUUGUCUGGGGUCUUCAUUUACAAAUGAAAACAUCUCCUCUCUGUUUAUCAUUUUAUGGUUUUGAAGUUGAAACAGGGCACCUUGCCUUGGUGAGAGCACAAGGCUACUUGCUGUAGGGUGGUGUGUGUUAUUUCACAAGUGACCUAUUCAUUGGAGCACGGAACUGAAAAACACCGACCGGCGCCAGAACUUUACAUGUGACUCGAUUAAAGUUACUCUGUUUA